AUGCACCACACGCGUCAAUCAUGGGGCGUCCAGAUGGCCGGACCAAGGACGAAAUCAACUGCCCCAACAGGCGGCUUACUCAGUGGGAGCCAACCCCACGAUGAGCCGGCUCAAUCUCGUUCAGAUCUCACCACCGACGCGUCGACAGCCACCAAAACCCCCGAAGUAACGGACCACGUACCACAGUCGGCUCAGGAACUGAGCACGCAACGGAAGCGCAAAAGAGCAACAACUAAUACGAAGGCUACCAAAGCAGACUCCCCUCUCGCAAAGAGUGACAACUGGAACCCUGAGCAACUUUCUCCCUCGACAGAUCCAUCAGUCGAAGCGCCUCAACCCGGUAAGAAGACGAAGAAGUCAACCUCUACGCCGAAACAAAAGCAACAAAAGAAACAAGAACAACCGAAACGAAAACCCGCUUCAUCGUGGCCAGACACGUUCACGAAACUCUCACGCACUCACCGCGCUUUGAACCUGGUGUAUACGUUCUGCUGCACGCGGAAGCAUUUCGCCACGACUUUCGAGAAUAUCAAAAACGCUGUCCAGGCGCAGACGGGCGGGGAACCUGUCACCGUGGAGGACAUUGCGAGAGUCAAGGUUCUUAUACCGCGCGCGAUACGACUUGAGUAUGUGGAUGAGGCGAAGCUGGAGGUUCUGAGUGCCGGGGAAAGAGAGGAGGUCACGGCUUUCGGGAGGGGAAGUGGCGGCAUCGACAUGGAGGAGGAAGCUGAGUCUAUAACACAUGCUUUGCUAUUUGAGUUUCUCGACGGCGAUUUGAAGAGGGAGAAGAAAGACGGAACUUCGGCCCGGAGGGACAAGGAUGAUGAUAUGAAGAUGCCGGUUUUCAGCCAGAAACAGAUGCUGUCGCUGAUCGAGAAGCGGGGUCAGAAGUUCUCGGAUGCGGUGGAUGCGUUCCUUGUUCGAUGUGAGGACGAGAGUUUGGAUCCCGUCAUGUUGCUUGAGAGCGAGAAGGACGCUUACAUCCCUAAACCCCCUGUUGCUGAUGGUGACGGGCCUGCUCCACGUAAUUCGUCGAAGAUAUUGGGACCGAUUCCCAAAGACCGCAAGAGAAUGGCUGAAAUAAUCGAAGAAAUACGCGCGCUGGAUUGGUAUACGGGGCAGAUUGUGCCUGAGGGCCACCGAGCGUUUGAUGCGCAGCCUGCCAUCUACGGGGACUUGAAGUUUGCACUGUCGCAGGAUCUUGUGAAUGCGCUCUACAACACGAAGGGGAUAACGCGGUUCUAUUCGCAUCAGGCGGAGGCGAUCAAUCACUUGCACGAUGGACAAAACGUUAUCGUGUCGACGUCAACGAGCUCUGGAAAGUCGCUCAUCUACCAAGUUCCCAUGCUCCACGAACUGGAACAAGAUCCUAACAGCAGAGGCAUGUACAUAUUUCCGACGAAAGCUCUCGCACAAGACCAGAAACGGAGUAUGCAAGAGCUUCUCCAGUAUCUUGAUGGUUUACAGGGUACGCUCGUUGAAACUUUUGACGGCGACACGCCCAUGGGAAAUCGCAAUGCCAUCCGCGAAGACGCACGCAUUAUCUUCACAAACCCGGAUAUGCUACACAUUACAAUUCUCCCGCAGGAAAGCUCGUGGCGAUCCUUCCUCCAGAACCUCAAGUUUGUCGUCGUCGACGAACUUCACGUCUAUAAUGGCCUUUUUGGAUCGCAUGUGGCCUUCAUCAUGCGCCGCCUCCGCCGUAUCUGUGCUGCUGUUGGGAACCGUCAUGUCAGGUUCAUAUCCUGCUCCGCUACCGUGGCAAACCCGGAAGACCACAUGAUGGCCAUAUUCGGCGUCGACGACGUUCGGCUCAUUGACUUCGACGGUUCCCCGUGCGGCCGGAAGGAGUUCCUCUGCUGGAAUACGCCGUUCAAGGACCCUACCGACCCGACAUCCGGACGUGGAGACAGCGUUGCCGAAACCGCGCGGCUGUUCUGCCAGCUUAUACUCAGAGGCGCGCGAGUCAUUGCCUUCUGUCGGAUUCGCAAAUUGUGCGAGGUUCUGCUUCAGGCAGUAAGGAACGAAUGCAACCGGCUCGAGCGGCCAGAGAUUGGGAAACUCAUCAUGGGGUAUCGCGGGGGAUACAGUCCUCAAGAUAGGAGGAGGAUCGAGUCGGAGAUGUUCCAGGGCCAAUUGCUCGGUAUCGUCGCGACCAACGCGCUUGAGCUCGGCGUUGAUAUUGGCUCCCUUGACGCUGUCAUUACGCUCGGAUUCCCGUACUCGAUCUCCAAUCUCCGCCAGCAAAGUGGCCGCGCAGGCCGCAGAAAUAAAGACUCGCUCUCCGUCUUAGUAGGCGAUCGAUAUCCAACUGACCAAUACUACAUGCGCAACCCAGAAGAACUCUUCUCAAAGCCCAAUUGCGAGCUUCAAGUCGACCUUUUGAACGAACUAGUCCUAGAGGGACACAUCCAAUGCGCGGCAUUCGAAAUGCCGAUAAAGCCUGACCUAGACGAGACCUACUUCGGCCCCCAGCUCGCAGAAGUUGCAGCGACCCGACUCAGACGUGACGCCAUGGGCUUUUACCACUGCCACGACCGCUUCCGCCCGCAACCCUCACGGUGCGUGCCGAUCCGUGAUACAGAGGACCAGCACUUUGCCGUCAUCGACACCACCAACGCACGCAACGUAGUCCUCGAAGAAGUCGAGGCCUCGCGUGCAUUCUUUACCCUCUACGAGGGCGGCAUCUUCCUCCACCAGGGCCAGACAUUCCUCGUCAAGGAGCUGAACCCAGAUCGCUUCUUCGCCCGUGUUGUCCGCGUGCAUGUCGACUGGAACACCAUGCAGCGCGAUUUCACAGACAUUGACCCCGUCGAAACAGAGCACAUGCGUCCCAUAGACCACACCAGCGCUACAAAUGCCGACAACAACAAUAAUAGCCCCGAAGAAACAGACAAAAAUAGUCCAGAUACAACCUCCCGCGCCUUCUUCGGCACAGUCCGAAUUCACGCCAUCGUCUACGGCUUCUUCAAGAUCGACAAGCGCGGCCGUGUCCUUGACGCCGUGGCCGUCGACAACCCGCCCAUCGACCUUUUCACAAAAGGCAUGUGGCUUGAUGUCCCAAAGCGCGCUCUUGAAAUUCUCGAAUCCAGACGUCUAAACAUUGCAGCUGCCAUCCACGCCGCCGAGCACGCCGUCCUGUCGCUCCUGCCUAGUUUCGUGAUUUCUUCGCCCGGCGACGUCCGCACUGAAUGCAAAGUUGCCAAGAAGGAGCUUGGGAAGGGGUUGAAGCGUGCUCGUGCCCAUGGGCGGGGUCGGGAUGUGAUAUCUGAUGAAGCUGGUGAGGAGCUUGACAAGAGGAUUGAGCAGCUUCGUCCGCCGGCUCGUCAGCGGCCGGCUCGGCUGACGUUCUACGAUGCAAAGGGCGGCUCGUGUGGGUCUGGGAUUGCGCGCAAGGCGUUUGAGUUUGUGGAUUCGCUUCUUCGUCGUGCGGUGGCACGCAUUGAGGCUUGUGUUUGCAUCUCGCCGAAGGGGUGUUUGGAGUGUGUGUGUGAUGAGCGGUGUAAGGAGAUGAAUUCCGUUAUGAGUAAGGCCGGGGCGGCGGUUGUGUUGAGGUGUUUGCUUGGGUGGGAGGUUGAUGUUGAGUCCUUGCCCUGGGGAGAGGUGGAUGACGACGGGGUGGACGAGUUGGGGGAGUUGGCAGGGGGGUUGGAGACAGUCAUUUUGGCCAGCGAAAUUCCCUGGAGGAGUUCUGGGCCGGUCUGA